AAAUAAUACAACUUAUCAUCGCCUGCGAAAUUCCUGGUUUCUCUUUCUCAUGGUUCGACGCCGACCUGAAAAAGAUUACGAAUAAUCUCCGAUUAUCGUAUUAACAAGAGACCAAAGUAUACUUGCACAGAAGGAAAACGAAAAAGGAACCAUGGGUUCUGAACAGAAUGAAGGAACGAGCUUUCCUCCGUCAGAGCCAAAGCUUUGUGCCAACGGCUGUGGGUUUUUUGGCACGGCGUCGAAUAUGAACCUCUGCUCCAAGUGUUAUCUUAAUCUCCGGGCUGGGGAGGAACAAGCUGCCAAGGCGAAAGCUGUCAUGAAGAAAUCUCUCGCUGUCGAAAUGAAGCUGGAAGAAGUGGUUGCUGAGGCAUUCAAGCGCGUCGAGGAGCCAUCCAAUGUGUCCUCAUCUACAGCCAUCGAGCAACAAGCUGCCGUUGUUGUCGCCGCUGAUGAACCGUCCGAGCCGAAGCUGGCAAACAGGUGCUUUAUCUGCAGAAAGAAGGUCGGAUUGACCGGGUUCAAGUGCAGAUGCGAGAGUACCUUCUGUGGUGAGCACCGUUACCCGGAAAAACAUGAGUGCUCCUUUGACUUCAAGGGUGCUGGACGCGACGCCAUUGCUAAAGCAAAUCCGGUCGUUAAAGCCGAUAAGAUGGACCGGUUCUGAAAGGAACAAACGCAGGUGUGCUCGAGUCGUCUUUCUUGAAUGAAUUUACCUUUUGUGUCUUGUGUGCUGGCUUUCAGAGGUCAGUGGAAAAUCAUGGGCUGUUUUAAUGAUCUUAUAUCGGGUUUGGGGAUGAUUGGGAUGAUGUUGCUGCUAUGCUCAAGUAGAUUCCAUUAUCAGAAUGUAUCAACGGACCAUUAAUGUUUACGGUUCAAUUGGCUUCGAACCUUUCCUAC